AUGCUACGCGUCGCCCCGGUCCUGACACACCAUCACCUUCAACCCGUUGAAAAGGUCUUUGUUACCAAAAAGCCUGUCGACGAACAGAUGACCAAGGCCAUGGCGAGAGUUGAGCAAGGUAUCCAGAAGAAUAUGCAAAAAGCAGGCAUCGAGGAGCCGCUGCAUCGCCUCGAUAUAGAUUACACCUGGGCUCAGGAUGUCAUGGAGCCAGCCUAUGCCAGCAUCCCCGGGCCAUCAGGACCAAUCACCUUGCGCAUCCACAUGACAGGAAAGCCGGUGCAGGUUGGCAUUGCCGAGCAGACUGAAAUCUUGCUGUUCCGGGAUCUGCGACGAGAGGGGAUGGGAGCCGUCCGCCUUGGCAGGUUUCCAGAUUUUUUCGAGCACAGAACGCUUGAAGCCGGAGGCAACAUCGAGUCGAUUCCUCCCUACACGCUCAACGGCAAAAAGUACCCCGCGGGCAGGAUUGUCAUUGGCGCUACAGACGCGCAGACACCUCAAGCGCUGGCCUAUCUCCAGGCCCAGGAAACUCAGGAUCCGAUAGCACUUGACACGACGUGGCUUUUUGUCAAGCAUGUGGACGAAAUUGUCAGCUUCCUACCCGCCAAGACAUCACGCGGCUGGCGACUGGCCAUUCUGGAUCCAAUGAUGGGCUAUGAAGCGCUUGGCAAGCUGGACCAAGAUGGCCAUGGCGACGUGCCCUUGACCAGCAAGCCCAUGGCGCAAAACUCAACCGUUCCCACGGUCCGCGAAUUCUUGGCCGAUGAGUCCACCAAGAAGGCUGCUGCCUACAGCACGGAGAAGAUGAAGCAAGCGCUGAAUACUCUCCAGCAAGAAAUUGGCAUUGCGGACGAGGACGUCGUGAGGAUUCCAGCCGUCAUCGCCACAAUGGACUCGCUGAAGAAGUGGCUGCAUGCUCAAGAGAAAGAGGACCCCAGCAGCAGCGGCCACAGGUUCUUGCCACUGAACUCGGCGUUCCCUAGCCAGGUCAAUGGCGUCCCGCUGUCCGAUUCGGUUUUUAUAGCGCCCAAGCCGUGGGGUCCCGUCGUGGAUGGCGAGGACAUCAUGGAGAAGAUGUCGAGGGAAGCCUACGCCGCAGCAGGCUUCGAUAUAGAUUUCAUCGAUGAUUGGGAACUACAUUUGGGAAGCGGAGACUUGCACUGCUACACGAACACGUUCCGUAACCCGACGGCGCAGUGGUGGUAG